AUGGGCACCAGGGCAGUGGUCAUGCCUCCUCCUGUGUGGGGGCUGCUGAGCUGCUCUUUCCUCUGUGGCUGGGCUCUGGGGGGUCCAAGGCUCCUCCGCUCUCUUCCCGCGCUGUCCUCCCAAGUCAAGCCAGGAUCUGCACCCAUGUGGGUGCCCCCGGAGGGGGCUGAGGCAGCCCUAGCUUUUCUCUACUCUGGAGAUGCCCAACAGCUAUCGGGGGCUAAUUGCAGUGAGCGCUAUGAAGCCCAUGGGGCAGGAGCCAGACCAGGGCUCCCCCCAAUCCUAUGGAGGGCAGCGGGCACCAUUACGCAGGCUGCCAAUUUCCUCAACAUGCUGCUACAAGCCAACGACAUCCGGGAGUCCAGCGUGGAGGAGGAUGUGGAGUGGUACCAGGCACUGGUCCGCAGCGUGGCCGAGGGGGACCCAAGGGCAUACCGGGCUUUGCUGACCUUUAACCCUCCACUGGGGGCCAGCCACCUGCAGCUGGCCCUGCAGGCCACCCGGAUGGGGGAGGAGACCAUCCUUCAGGACUUGUCCGGGAGCAGGGUGCAGAAGGAGAGCCCAACCGGGGCCCUAGACACCCCUGACCUGCAGAAGCGGGUGCUGACCAAUGACCUAGGGAGCCUUGGCAGCCCCAAGUGGCCACAGGGGGAUGGAUAUGUGGGGGACUUGCAGCACGUGAGGCUGUCUCCUCCCUUCCUGGAAUGCCAGGAGGGCCGACUCCGUCCGGGCUGGCUUAUCACACUCUCAGCGGCCUUCUAUGGACUCAAGCCAGACCUCAACCCGGAGAUCAGGGGGCAGGUGCAGAUGGACGUAGAUCUUCAGAGUGUGGACAUCAAUCAGUGUGCCAGCGGCCCAGGCUGGUACUCUAACACACACCUGUGUGAUCUCAACAGCACCCAGUGUGUCCCCCUGGAGAGUCAGGGCUUUGUCCUUGGCCACUACCUCUGCCGCUGCCGACCCGGCUUCUAUGGGACAAGCAGCUCCGGGGGCUCUGAGGAGGGUGCUGCCCAGCCUACCGGGCAAUUCGGGUCCCCGCAAGGCAGCUCCGGGAGGCUGCUGCGGUGCCAACCAUGUGCUGAGGGCUGCUCCAGCUGCCUGGAUGCCACGCCGUGCCUGGUGGAGGAAGCCCCCACGCUGCGGGCAGUGGUGCUGGCCUCUCAGACGUGCUGCAUGCUGGCCGUCUUCCUGAGCAUGCUGGUCUCCUAUCGCUGCCGCCAGACCAAGAGGAUCCGGGCAUCUGGAGUGGUACUGCUGGAAACCAUCCUUUUUGGAUCCCUGCUGCUCUACUUCCCUGUCUUCAUCCUGUACUUCAAGCCCAGUGUAUUCCGCUGCAUCGCCCUCCGCUGGGUCCGACUGCUGGGUUUUGCCAGUGUCUACGGCACUAUUAUACUCAAGCUUUAUAGAGUGCUCCAGCUGUUUCUGUCUCGAACGGCCCAGCGGGGCCCCCACCUGAGCAGUGGGCGGCUGCUGCAGCGUCUGGGGCUGCUGCUGCUGCUGGUGCUGGGCUUCCUGGCUGUAUGGACAGCGGGGAUCCUGGAGCAAGGCAGUCAGCACGCGUCCCUGGUGGCGCGAGGCCACACCCACACAGGCCGCCACUUCUACCUCUGCCACCACGACCGCUGGGACUACAUCAUGGUUGUGGCUGAGAUGCUGCUCCUGUGCUGGGGCAGCUUCCUCUGCUACGCCACCCGGGCUGUUCCCUCAGCCUUGCAUGAGCCGCGGUACAUGGGCAUCGCACUGCACAACGAGCUGCUGCUUUCUGCUGCCUUCCACGCAGCCAGGUUUGUACUGGUUCCCUCCCUGCACCCAGACUGGACGCUCCUCCUCUUCUUCUUUCACACCCACAGCACAGUCACCGCCACACUGGCUCUGAUCUUCAUCCCUAAGUUCCGGAAGCCAGGGGCUCCUCCCCGAGAGGAGAUCUUGGAUGAGGUGUACGAGGACGAGCUGGACCUGCAGCGCUCAGGCUCCUACCUGAACAGCAGCAUCGCCUCAGCCUGGAGCGAGCACAGCCUGGACCCUGGAGACAUUCGGGACGAGCUGAAGAAGCUCUACGCCCAGCUCGAGGUCCACAAGACCAAGGAAAUGGCCGCUAACAACCCGCACCUGCGCAAAAAGCAAGGCAGCUGGCGCCAGGCCCUGGGCCGCUCCUUCAUGAAGUACCUGGCCGAGUUCCCCGAGGCCCUGACCCGCCAGCACUCCCGGGACUCGGGCUCCCCGGCCCGCGGCAGCCUGUCCGGGGGCUCCUCCCGCCGCCGGCUGCUCAGCGCCAGGCUGCCCAGCGCCAGCCUCCGGGAGCCCGCCGCGCCGCCGGGUCUGCGCAAGUCCAGUAGCACCUGCGAGCAGGACCGCGCUCCCCGCGGGGAGCAGUACCCGCCUCUGCUCGACUCGCUGCUGAGGAGGAAGCUGGCCAGGAAGGGCCCGCAAUCCGAGAGCCGCGAGUCGGCGGCAGGGCCGCCCGCGCUGAGCUUCAGGUCGGCCAGCGCCCACAAUCUGACGGUGGGAGAGCGGCUGCCCUGUGCCCGGCCCGCCUCGCUGCACAAGUCGCUGAGCGUCGUGGCUGACUCCAGGGAAAAGGCCCUGCUCGAGGCCAGCCAGGCCUACCUGGAGGAGACCUACCAGCGGGCGAGGGAGCGCGAGGAGAGAAGGAAGGCAGAGGCCGCCCUGGCCAGCCCGGCGCGGAGGCCCUCGGCCUGGAGGCUGGAGCGAGCCCGAGCGACUACCCUGUCGGCCCCACCUUCCCCGGCCAAGAGGAGCAGCGUGGACAGCUCCCACGCCUCCAGAAAGCUGCGCGAGGAGGCCGCGAGAAGGCUGCCCCACCCGCCCGUCCAGCACCAGAUCUCCACACCCAUCAUGGCCACGUCCGGGGUGGGCCUGGGGGAGCCAGGGAUGCUGUCUCCCACCUCCACCUUAUCUCUGGCUCUGCUGCCAGCUCCCGUCCCUGCCCUGGCACCCAUCCCAGUACCCCCACAAAGCCCCAGCCUGCUCACCUACAUCUGCCCCUGGGAGAAUGCAGAACUGCCAUCAAAGAAAGAAAAUGUGGCUCAGGAAGGCCCCCCGGGGCCAGAGCGAGGCCACCACUCUCCCGCCCCAGGUCGGGCCAGGCUCUGGAGGGCCCUCUCUAUAGCAGUAGACAAGAGGGGGGCUGGGGAGAAUGGGAUGGACACGGAGGACAGGUGUCUCCAGGGGGAAGCUGAUGAGGAUGAGGACAGGCCCAAGGUCUUCUCUAAAUCUAAAUCCCACAGCCUCAAGACCCCUGUUCAGCAGGGUUCCAUGCGUAGCCUGGGACUGGCUAUCAAAGCUCUGACCCGUUCUCGGAGCACAUACAGAGAGAAGGAGAGCGGGGAAGGAUGUCCUGAGAAGGAAGAGAAGGGCCGAGCUUUGGGAGAGGGUGUGGGGGCAUGUCCCAGAUCUCCCAGGUCAGGCCGCCCCAAGGCGGUGAGUAAGCAGGCCGCGCUUGCCCCCUGUGAUGACGAGGAGUCCCUCCAGAACCAACAGAACGCUCACACAAGCAGAAUGCUCCAAGUCUGUCACCAGGAGGGCAGUAGGGAACAAGCAGACAGAGGCAGGAGGCCAUCCCAGGGUCUAGGGGAGGGGAAGGUUGCAAAAGCAGGUAAAACAGGGCCUGCCACACUGAGGCAAGUCAGGCAGGGCACUGUUAGGGACAAAAAUGUUAAGCAAGCAAAAGAAGCCCCUGGGGGGUGGCGGGAACUGCCCAAAGCUGGCCUCCGGCCCCUGGGCAGUGCUGACCAGAGGGUGAUAGAUGUAUGCCCCUGGGAAGUCACCGAGUCAGAAACGUGUCAGCCUGACAGUAGCAACAAGGCCGAAAUCUGCCCCUGGGAGGUGAGUGGAGUCCCUGAGGAGGUGGCACUGAGGCAAGAUCUAGAUGCCUCCCAAGAUGAGAGGGGGAAAGCCUCAGAAAAAUCAAAACCCAAAGAUGUGGUUGCCAUUGCUCAGAAAAAGCCAGAGAGACUGGUCAGGGGACAGGAGGCAGUGUGUCCCUGGGAGAGUGCCGAUCCUGGGGGUCUGUCCCCUCGGUCAGCACCUCAGGACUCUGACAGAACCAAGGGCAGGUCUGACACAGUGGGCAGUGUGGAGCCUAGACAGGUAGAGACACGACCGUGGGAAGCCGCUGGCCCAGGAGCUUGUACAUCUGACAUCACCAAGGCAGGGCUCUGUCCCUGGGAGGCAAGUGAAGGAGGAGAGAAUGAGAAACCGUCCCAGGAGGGAGUAAAGAAGCUCCCCCAGGCAAAGCAGAAAACUCCCAAGAAAGCAAUCUUCUUGGAAGAACAGAAACUGGGUGAAGGGUUGGAAUCUCUUUGUCAGUGGGAAAGGACAGAUUUCCGGGGCCCCUCAGCAGUCUCUACUCAGGCCCCGGGAACCUCCGGGUGCUCGGGGAGUCUGGGCAGUAGCGUCACUGAGGCGUGUCCAUGGGAGGCAGGAGAUGCUCCUGCUAUCGGGAAAGCAGAGAUUUGUCCCUGGGAGCUGGGUGAUGAGGUAGUAGGGAAGGAAAUGAUGAGUCAGAGGACAGGUGGAGAACCUCUCCAGGAAAAGGGAAAAACCUCCAGAAAAGGGAGCUUUGGAGAGACGUGGGAACAAACUGGGAAAGCAGUGCAGAAAUGCAGUCAACAGCAGGAGUCCGUGUGUCCCUGGGAGAGCACAACCCCUGGGCACUCCAGCCCACAUCUAGAAAACUCCUCAUCCAAAGCUGGUGGCCAACUCCUCAGCAAGGGAGGAAGCAGAGCAGCGCAGGUAUGUCCACGGGAAGAUCUCAGGUCAGAGGCAAAGGAAGCAACACCUGCCAAGGCAGAAAUCUGUCCCUGGGAGGUGAAUGAAAGAACGACAGAGGACUGGAUGUCGGGACAGGCACCAAAAGGAGAAUCUCAAAAGGACAAGGAGAAGAUGCCUGGAACAUCAGGAAUCAAAGAUAGCACAACUUGGGAAAAGCCUGAGGGACAGAUGCAAAAGCCGGAAGCAGUCUGUCCCUGGGAGAGGGUGGACCCUGGAAACUUCUCCCCGCAACCUGGUCCUCGAGACACAGAUAGACCCAAAGCCACUUUCCAGAUGUCAGGCAGUACGGGAAGCAAAACUGCUGAGAUCUGUCCCUGGGACGCAGAGGAAAUCCUGCCUGCUGAGAAGGCAGAGAUCUGUCCCUGGGAGGUGAGUGCUGGAGCAGGGGAGAAAAGGGCUUUGGGAACUGAGGCCAUUAGGCAAUUUCCAAAUGAUACAGGAAGGGCUUCUGCAGAUACUGGACCUGAAGAGAUAGCUGUUACUGCUCCAAAGAAGCCAGAGAGGCAGGCCUGGGAGCGGGAGGUGGCCCGCCCCUGGGAGAGCUUGGAUCCGGGGGGAUCCUCUCGGCAUUCAGACACUCUGGGCACCGACAGACCAAAAGCUGGGCUCCAGGUAUUGGACCGUGUGGGGUGCAGGCCAGCUGAGGUGUGUCCCUGGGAAGCAGAGGGAGCGCCUACCAGUGAAAAAGCCAAGAUCUGUCCCUGGGAGGUGGAUGAAGGAGCCCCCGGGAAGGAAUCAGAACAAGAGAUGGGGACUGAUUCCAUGGGGCAGAGGGAGAAAACUCUAGAAGAGGGGAGACUCACCUCCCUGGGAGAAGACAUAUCAAAAUGGGAGACAAAACUGAGUCAAGAACAGGAAGCUAUGUGUCCUUGGGAGAAGGACUUGAGGACACCCUCUGCUCAGGCCGAGGUCUCAGACUCGUCCAGCAGCGGGAGUAGCAGAGUGGCAGAGGGGCCCUCCUUGGAAGUGAGUGAUGAAGCAGCACAGAAAGGGGACCUGACACAAGACCCAAAGAUGGGCUCCUUCCCAGAACAAGCAGAAGUCACUGCUGAACACGGGGAGAAAGCAAGCAAUGAGCUACGACCUAUCUGUCUACAGGAGAGUGUGGCCCCGGCGGGAUCUUUCUCCCACCCAGACAGUCACGGCCCUGACCAACCGAAAGCCGGUGCUCAGACACUGCUCGGCGUUGGGGGCAGGCUUGCUGAGCUCUGCCCGUGGGAUGCUCCUGCCAUGGAUGCUCCCAAACCUGACAGCGGCGCCAAAGCUGAGACCUGUCCCUGUGAGGUGACUGAAAGAAUCCCUGAGGAAGGGGUGUCAAGACAGGAUGGAGAAGGGGAGCCUCAAGAGGAGGAGAAAGCCCCAGAAAAACCAGAGCACAAAGUUGUGGCCGUUCAGGCAAACUCAGAGAGUGCAGAUGGGAAACAGGAGGCUGUGUGUCCCCAGGAGAGUCAAGAUUGUGGGGGUCUGUCUCCACAACCAGCCCCACAAGCUUCUGACAGAAGCAAAGAAAGUUCCGAGGCAGCAGGCAGCAUGGGGGCCAGAGUAGCAGAAGUGUGUCCAUGGGAAGCAGAAGAGUCUCCCUCUGAAAAGAAAACAGAAAUCUGCCCUUGGGAGGUGAGUCAAGGAGCAGCAGAGAAAGGGGGACUGGAACAAGAGUUGGACAGAGAAUCUCAAGGGCAAGGAGAGAUGUUCCUGCAAAAGGCAGGAUCUGGAGGGACUGAAGAACACUUUUCAGAAGAAGUAAAAGUCAACAGAGAGCGAGAGACGGUCUGUCCUUGGGAAGGCACAAGGUCAGAAGGGCUCUCCCCCGAGCCAGAUGCUCCAGACACGGACGAACCCAAAGUCGGUCCCCACAGAGCAAGCAGUAUGGGGAGCAGGAUGGCAGAGCUGUGUCAAUGGGAAGUCACAGAUCCAGAAGGAAAUAAAAUAAAGGGGACCAUGGCAGACAUCGAUAUAUGUCUUUGGGAGGUAACUGGAGCCCCAUCUGACGAAUCUGGCCUCCUGGCUUUAACAGAAACUCAGACAGAAAAACUCUGCCCCACAGCCCCUGAGAACCCACCAUGCCUUUUAGUCCACAGACCUCUGGGUGGCUUCCUUCCAGAAGGCAAAAGCCUCUGCCCCAAAGUGAGCAAGCCAGCCAGUACUUUUACUCCGGAAGGUGUCAGAGAACUCCAAGUACCUUCAGAACUUGGGCCGAGGACCAGCUUAGUCCCAGAGCCAACUCUCCAGGAAGCUAAGGCUCAGGAGUCUUCCUCCUUAACCGAAGACCAAGGAGAAGUAGCUUCUAAAGCUCAACACGAAGAACUCACCCCUCCAGCUGUCUAUCCUUGGGACUAGGAGUAACAACCCCAUCAGGUGAGGUGAAACAUUGGGGGGCUAUCUUUUCGAAGCCAAAGUCCUUUCCAAGUCCUAGGUGUUUCCAAAAAAUGGAAUCAAACACACUUGGCCACUUUCUCUCUCCAAGGUGGACAGAAGUCAACUCAUUCCAAGACAAAUUGUACAAAAAGGGUUUUGCUCGGACCGCAAAAGUUAAUCCCAUCCCCUCUUUACUUCCAACUCUUCUUCCUGCUCCAGAGAACAAGGGCCGGACCUUCCACUUCUAAUGAAUCCUCCCAUCCAGCUAGAAUACUCAACACAAGCUGUCUGUGACAGGACACUCACUUGUAAAGCCAAUGUUAGCGAUAAAGGCAAGUCAGCUGUGCCCAGCCCACAUUUUCUCAAAAGGAGACCCAUUCUUCUGUGAAGUCUACAAAGGACAUUUUUUGGGAAGAAACUAAACCACGCAAGGCAUUGGCAACAUAGGGGCUGAGGAAGGUCACCAUAGGAAGCUUAGAAGCCACUUAUUCAAGUUCAAAGAUAAAUCAGGGGGAAAACUUAAAUGGCUCAAAAGAGGUGCCUGAAAUGCCUCAAAGAUCCUGUCAUUUUGACUUUGGAUCUCCAGGUUCUGCUUUAUUCUCCCGUACCUGCCCUGCUUGACUGCUGAAGUACAGAGAAUCAAGCACACUUACGUCAACAUCUGGCAUCUAAAGCAACAUCAGAGACAGAGAGCAUAAAGGGAAAGGCAAUUGCUCCAGUUUAAGCCCAGUUUAAGAAGUAUGACUCUUACAAGCCUUUUCAGAUGGCCUUCCCUCCUUCCUGCCCCAUCUUUUGCCAAUCUGCAGAGUUCACCCCACUGCCUCAUUCUCCUAGCCUUUCAGUGCUGUCAUCAAAGGGACCCCUCUCUGUUGUCAAAUGCAACUGGAGCCAGGGGGAAUUUCUGGUUCCAAUGCAAGAACCACUCAAAAUCACUUGCUCAGUAACAGGAGGCCCACAUCAGUCUCUUUGCCGAGAAGCCCGAGCAAGAAAGGAGGUCCUGUUUACAGCCAGCACUUUAACUGCCCUCAGAAAGAGUAGUGCUAUGAGGCAGGUUAGAGGCCCGAGGGCCAGGGAAAGGGCAUCGUGUAAAUACAAAGCCUCCUUUCUUAGGGAGCUCUCUCUCGUUCUUAGCUCGGCUCAAUUCUCUCAAGUCAAUUCAGGCUACCCUUACUUAAGUGGUCCUAGAUAACAGAGUGCUGGAAUUAAGUGAUACUACCAGAGGGGAAUGAGGAAGGAGAAAAACGUUGGUCACAGACGUCCCAGGAUCGGCAGGGGUGAGGUGGGGGUGGAAAUAGGCAGACUAAACAUGGCACAAGGGCCCACCCUCUAACUGGACAGAUACUGAUGCCAUUCACCAGGAGGAAAAACACAAAAGAAGGGGACCAAACACCCAAUGGGGAAAAUACCAGUCUGCAUGUAAAUACUCUGGGCAGCUACAGGGCUUCACAGAAAUAGGAGCAAAGUGCUCCAUUUCCAAAAAGAAGAAGGAAUGGAGUAACCCACUUUCAGAGACCAGAGGCCCUUGUUCCGUAUCUAGGCCUUCCCUCUUACCUAGGUCCCCUGCCCUAGGCCUCCAGAGCAGUAACUAAGGUGUGUUGUUUUUCUGGGCUCUAGCUAGUUAGCCUCACAGCUUGCGAGCCAAUGCAAAUUCUACACCUCAG